GCUGGGUCUCCAUUUGGUGCGCGGUUCAGAAGUAUACUCAACAUGAUCAGCAGGUCGUCACUGGUGCUGCUGGCGGGCUUGCUAGCCCUGGCCAACGGAAUGGUGCGUGAGGGUUGGUUCGAGACCCGGGUGGACCACUUUUCGCCCCGUAACAUGGACACGUUCUCGAUGCGGUACUACUCCAACGAUGAGCACGCGUACGCCAAGGGACCGAUCUUUGUUAUUGUGGGCUCCAACGGACCAAUUGAGACGCGUUACCUGCGGGAAGGUCUGUUCUACGACACUGCUUACCUGGAGGGUGCGUACCUGUUUGCGAACGAGCAUCGCUACUUUGGACACAGUCUGCCCGUUGAUGAUGCCAGCACGGAGAACUUGGAUUUCUUGACGGUUGAUCAGGCUCUAGCUGACUUGGCAGCAUGGAUCCACCAUCUGAGGCACGAGGUCGUUGGUAAUCCUCAAGCCAAGGUCAUCCUGAUGGGUUGGGGCUACGGUGGUAGUCUCGCUACCUGGUUCCACACCCAGUUCCCGCAUCUGUCCGACGGUGUGUGGGUUUCGAGUGGUAACAACAAUGCCGAUCUGGACCUUCCCGAGUACAUGGAAUCGCUGGGAAAUACCAUUGGUGAGUUUGGUGGCCGUGACUGUUACAGCACCAUCUUCAGCAGCUUCCUGGUCGCGCAGAACUUGAUCGAACUCGAUCGUUCCGAGCUGCUCACCGAGAUGUUCCACCUGUGCGAUGAUCUGAACACCGAUAACCGAUGGGACACGACGGCGUUCCUGCUGGGACUGCAACGAGACAUUGAAGAUGAAAUGAUGCAUCUGCGCAACACGAUGUCGACCACCUACAUGUGCGUCAACAUCCAAGAUCCGGAAAUCGGCAACAGUUUGUACUCGCUGAGAAACUGGUUCGCCCGCGAGCAUCAGUACGAGCAGUGUGUUAACCUUGGCUUCGAGCACUACAUGGCCCCACUGCUGGAGACCAACUUUGACGACGAAGAUCUGCAGGCCGGACACCGCCAGCGAUUGUACCUCCAGUGUACCGCCCUCGGGUUCUUCCCGACCACCGAUUCGAUGUACCAACCGUUCGGCACUCAAAUCGACAGCGAUUUCUACGUCGAAGUUUGCCAGCAAGCCUUUGGCUUUCCCACCGAGGAAUCCAUCACCUUGGGAGUAUUCCGCACCAACGCUCGUUUCGGAGGCCGCCAACCCGACAUUGCAAACGUGCACUUUACCCACGGAGAUAUCGACCCGAUGAUGUUGACCGGGAUUACGAGCGAUUUGAAUGACGACGCUCCGGCCACCGUGAUUCCAAAUACCUUCUUCGCGCCAGAUCUGGAAUCGAUCGACUACGAGAACGAUUCGCCCGAACUGAUUGAAGCCAAGGAGCGAACCCGCACGCUGAUUGACAUCUGGAUCUACCAGGGAUUCGAGCCGAUCGCGGUCUAAGUGCUAGGGAAUGUAUGAGUUAGUGAUUAAAAAACUAUUGGUUUCAAUAAAUGAUGAGUUCAAUAGAUGGUCAUGCCAAAAUUUA